GUUCGACCGCGUCACAUGGCGAGGGGCUCCGUUGAAGGCGCUGCGCGCCUAUUGGUGGCUGGCAGCUCGGGGGCGGGGUCACGCUCGUGGAUGUGGGCCGUGGCGCGGACGCUGCCGCUCGGGCCGGCGUGGCGGGCGCUGGCGGGUCGGGCCCUGUCGGGCCGCGCCAUGGCCGAGGGCUCCGCUCCGCGGGGUCCGGCCCGGCGGCCCAAGGACAUGCCACGGCAUGUGUGGGCCCGCGAGCGGCGGCGGAGCGCGGGCACGGGCCUGGCGGGGCCCAACACCGUGUACGUGCAGGUGGUGGCCGCCGGGAGCCGCGACGCGGGCGCCGCCGUCUACGUGUUCUCCGAGUUCAACCGGUACCUGUUCAACUGCGGCGAGGGCACCCAGCGAGCCAUGCAGGAGCACAAGCUGAAGAUCUCCCACCUGGACAGCAUCUUCCUCAGCCGGGUGGCCUGGGCCAACGUUGGGGGGCUGCCAGGUAUGAUUCUCACAUUAAAGGCCAUAGGGCUUCAAAGUUGUGUUUUCCUGGGGCCACCAAAGCUGCAAAACUACCUGAAAGCGAUUCGACUCUUUCCUGGGCCUCUAAAAAGGAUGGAUUUAGCUGUGCAGUUGCACACAGAGCCUGAGUAUAAGGAUGAGACGAUGACAGUCCACCAAAUACCUCUUACGGGAAAACCACUAGCUGCUAAAAGUGUGUUGCCUCAGAGUCCUGGAGCAUCAACCCAAGGUGGUAAUAGCCCUAAAGGGGACACAGGGCCUGGAUCCCCAGGAGCUGCCCAGCAAAACUUGGAGAAGGGCAAGGAAAGAGAAAGCCCAAAGAAAACAGGUGAUAAAGAGCAGUGUGCGAGCAGGCAUCCUGAUGUGGUGAUGGCUUUCCUGUGCAAAAUUCACCCAAAGAAGGGAAAAUUCCUAGCAGCUAAAGCGCAGGAGAUGGGCCUGCCAGUGGGAACUCCAGCCAUCCUUCCCAUAAUUACAGCUCUCAAAAAUGGGGAGAGCAUCACUUUUGAAGGCAGAGAGCUCUUUCCCGAAGAUCUGUGCACUCCUACUGAUCCUGGCCCCGUGUUCAUUGUGCUGGAGUGUCCUCACGAGGGUUUUGUGGACGCCGUCUGCGAAAAUGAGACCUUCCGAAGGUACCAGGAGGGACAUCCUGAGAACCAGGUGGCUUUGGUUAUUCACAUGACUCCAGAGUCGGUGCUGCGAGACAGCCGCUACCAGCAAUGGCUGGAAAGAUUUGGACCUGGAACUCAGCACAUGGUUCUCAAUGAGAAUUCCUCUGCAGUGCACAACCCACGCAGCUACAAGAUCCAAACUCAGCUGAACCUCAUCCACCCAGAGAUCUUCCCUCUGCUCACCACCUACCAGAGCAAGGAAGAAGAGGCUGUGUGUAGCGUACCCAUUGUGCGAGGAGAGUGCCUCUUGAAAUACCACUUCAGACCACAGCAGGAGUGGCAGAGAGAUGCUGUGACUGUCUGCGAUCACAACGCGUUUGUGAGUGAAGCCUUGGAUCUCCCCAACUUCCAGACUCGCGUGAAGGAGUGCAAAGAGAGCCUGUCUGCUGCGCCAGGAAAUGUGAGUGCUUAUCCUGAAAUUGUGUUCUUGGGAACAGGAUCUGCAAUUCCAAUGAAAAUCCGAAAUGUCAGUUCCACGCUGGUAAAUACCAGCUCUACUCAGUCCCUGCUCUUGGACUGUGGAGAAGGAACGUUUGGACAGCUCUGUCGCCACUAUGGAGAGCAAGUUGACCAAGUGCUGUGUAACAUAGCAGCUGUGUUUGUGUCUCACAUGCACACCGACCAUCAUUCGGGGUUGUUGAACAUCCUGAUGGAGAGGCGGAGAGCUUUUGCAGCCCUUGGCCAGGCUUUCAGCCCUCUGUUUCUGGUAGCACCUGAACAGAUCAUGCCCUGGCUACACGAAUACCACAACCACUGUGAAGAGAUUCUUGGAGACAUCAAUUCUCUCUUCCCUCACAGAAUGAUUCCUUCCCAGUCUCUAGUGAAGGGCUGUGAGAACAUCAGACCUAAAGCCAAAGGGUUUGUCAGUUCUCUGUUAGAGAGCUAUGACCUGGCUGAGUUUCAGACUUGUGAAGUCCAGCACUGUAAAAAUGCUUUUGCAUGUUCAGUGCUACACAAAUCUGGCUGGAAGGUAGUCUAUUCUGGUGACACGAUGCCCUGCAUGGCUUUAGUAGAAAUGGGUAAAAAUGCAUCGCUGCUGAUCCAUGAAGCAACGUUGGAAGAUGGCAUGGAAGAAGAAGCUAUAGAGAAGACGCACAGCACAACCUCCCAGGCAAUUCAGACCGGGAUGAAGAUGAAUGCUCAGUUCAUCAUGCUCAAUCACUUCAGUCAGAGAUACGCCAAGAUCCCGCUGUUCAGCGAAGACUUCAGUGAGAAGGUCGGAAUUGCAUUCGAUCACAUGAGGGUGCGUUUUGGUGACUUUCCAACCAUCCCGAAGCUGAUCCCACCUCUGAAGGCUUUGUUUGCGGAUGACAUAGUAGAAAUGGAAGAGCGGAAGGAAAAACGUGAGAUGCGGCUUCUGAAGGAGACCGCUAUAGUCCUGGACAAACUGGCUGCUGCCGAGAACAAGGAAGCGCCGUGCCAGAAACGGAAACAAACCAAGAACCAGCAGGAGCUAUCCAACAAGAAGCUGAAAACAGUGAACUGAAAGCACUGGGGCUGGGAAUGCUCUGGUCUCUGCAGGCCAGGGGAACACGCGGUGCCGCGGGCACGGUGGAAGAGGGCUGGCCUGAGCGCUGGGCUUGGCUUGCUGGUCGGCUGAUGUCCGCGGGCUGAAGCUGCCAAGCGCGAGUCCUUGUGGCAGCGCCGCCUGCUCGCACAGUCCUUGUCCUUUGGUCUUACCGGUCCAUCUGUCGUUUUUCUUUUAGCCAAAAGUUCUUCUCUCUGAGCUGUUUUAAUUUUCGGUUUUAUGCUACAAGCUACUGAUAAUGUACCAGCAACAGCUGUGACAUUUGCAAGAGAUGAGUUACAAGAAGCCCCUGAGGAGCUGUGGCUUUACGAGAAUAAAGUGGGCAGGUCUCUGUGUUAAGGGGAACGUCACUAGGUAUCAGUGGAUACCUAGGGGACACCUUCUGAUUUCAGGUAUCAUAGGAGGAAACAUCACAAUAAAACGGGACCCAAUUAAAUUUUAGGUUUAAUUAGGGAUGCGAAUGCUGCUGUGUUCCCAUUUUAUUUAGGUUUUCUCAGCUUUUUUUUUUUUUUUUCUUAAGUUGAGUUUUCCAAAACCUUUGUUUAGAAUACAAAAUACAAAUAAACUACUCAAGAUUGUA